AUGGCGCUCCUCACAUCAUCAGCCGGAGUGGUCCUGUUGCUCGUGCUUGCAUACACCCUUCACUCGUCGAUAUGUCUGCUCCGUAACUACCUCGCCGCUCGCAAGCUCGGAGUGCCGGUGCGCAUCAUUCCCGUCGACCAUAUCAAUCCACUAUGGACACUUGUUAGCCAGCAGGUCGUAUCUGUGCUGAGGCGACUUCCUUUCGGGCUCGGUGAUAACAACAUCACCAAGUACAACUACCUCGGCUUUGAAAUCCCGCUUAGAUGGAAGCCCCACGAGGAGAUGGGCGAUGCCUUUGUGCUGUGCUCCCCGGCCAGGAACUGGCUCUAUCUCGGCAACCCGGAUAUCAUCACGGGUAUGCUCAAGCGGAACAAUGACUUCCCUCACGACUCGGAACUCACGGCCAUGCUCGAUGUUUUCGGGCCUAAUAUCUCCACCGCCCAAGGCGCGGACUGGAAGAAGAUGCGUAAGCUAAUGGGGUCCUGCUUUAUUGACCAGAAUUUCGAGAUCGUCUGGAAGGAGAGCAUCACCCAGGCCACUGAGAUGGGGCGGUAUUGGAGCUCUCGGAAAUCCGUUGAGACCGUCGCUCACGAUACCCGCACAGUUUCUCUGAAUGUGAUGUCUCGAGCGGGUUUCGGCAAAUCCUACCCGUUUAAAGGGCACCAUGAGGCGCAGGCGGCAUUGAGAGGAAGCUCUUUAAGCUACAAGGAGGCGCUCCAGACCAUCCUCGAGAACAGUAUCGUGAUCAUGGUUCUGGGCACCAAGUUCCUGGCCAAACCCUGGCUUCCCCCCUUUUGCAAGAGGCUACAUCUUGCCUGUACCUCGUUUCAGGGGUACAUGACGGAGCUGUUCGAGACAGAGAAACAGAACUCCUCCCGGGGCAUAACUUCCGACCGUAAUCUCAUGAAGUCAUUGGUGCGUGCCUCGCACGAGGAGACCAGUGGCAGUCUGAACGAAGACGAGAUCUACGGGAAUAUGUUCGUUUUCAAUUUUGCCGGCCACGAUACCACUGCCCAUUCGUUCGUGUGGGUGAUGUACUUCCUGGCCGGAAACCCGGAGGUGCAGGAUUGGAUCCAUGAAGAGAUCCAAUAUGUCCUGGGCGGCCGUCAAAAAGAGGACUGGGACUACAAGGCCGACUUUCCCCGUCUGAAGCGAUGCAUAUCCGUGCUGUUCGAGUCCCUGCGACUCUAUACGCCCGUCGGGAUGGCAAAGUGGACGGGUGAUCAUACUACAACGCUUCAGGUGGGGGAGAAGACUCUAGUGAUCCCACCGAGGACAAUGGUCGUUCCGAGCCAUGCGUCUACCCAAACAGAUCCCAAGUACUGGGGCUCGGACUCCCUUACCUGGCGCCCAUCACGAUGGAUCAAACCAGCGGUGUCCGCCUCUCAGAAUAUCGACAGCGAGGAGCUCAUCUCUCCUCUCCGUGGGACAUUUCUGAGCUGGUCUGAUGGUGCGCGCGACUGCCCUGGCAAGAAGUUCUCGCAAGUGGAGACCGUUGCGACCAUUGCGGCGCUGUUUAAGGAUUGGCGGGUGGACCCUGUCACGAACCCAGGCGAGAUGAUGGAUGAUGCCAGAAAGAGGGUGUUGGAUUUUAUUAAGGAGGACACCGGCAUGGUUUUGCUGGUUCAAUUACUUCAUCCCGAACGCUGUCCUCUGGUUUGGUCAAAAAGAUAG